AUGGACUUCGUCGUGCAGUUACCGGAAUCAAAGGGAUACAACCAAAUUUGGGUAGUAGUCGAUAGGUUCUCGAAGAUGUCGCACUUUAUCCCCCUAGUAGCAGAAACGACCGCGCAGGAUUUAGCGAAGAUAUUCCUCGGUCAAAUCUGGCGACUCCAUGGGCUGCCUCUUGAUAUAGUUUCCGACAGGGACGCCAAGUUUACUUCAAGCUUUUGGGCAUCCCUUAUGGAAUUAUUGGACGUGAGGAUAAGAAUGAGUACGGCUUUCCACCCUCAGACCGAUGGGCAAACAGAGCGAGUCAACCAAACCCUCGAGCAUUACUUACGAGCGUUCUGCAACUACGAGCAAGAUGAUUGGGCAGAGCUACUCCCGUUGGCGGAGUAUGCUUACAACAACUCGGUUACCACCGCCACGGGUCAAUCUCCGUUUUAUACCAAUUACGGUUAUAACCCAAGAACCAACUGGCCAACAGAAGCCGAAGUGGUGAACCCAACCAGUGACCUGUACGCUCACUUCAUCCGAGGAGUUCACGAUUCCCCUCUCGCUCGCUUAUCAGACACCAGGGAGAAGAUGGGGAAAUACUAUGAUCGGAAAAGGGACGAACCGCCGAACUUCAAGAUAGGCGACAUGAUCAUGCUUAACGCGGCCAAUAUUAAGACACGUCGCUCCACCAAGAAACUCGAUCAUAAGAAACUCGGUCCGUUCAAGAUUACCCGACUAGCUGGGAAACGAACCUGCGAAUUGGAACUGCCACCACAAGUCAAAAUCCAUAACGUGUUCCAUAUCGAACUCUUAGAACAUUAUCGACAGAGCAGUAUCCCAGGCCGAGAACAACGUCACCCAACUCCUGAAGAUGUCGAUAAAGAAGGAGAGGUUCUGUACGAAGUGGAAAGUAUUGUGGGAAGCCGGAAGAGCAGAAGAGGAUUAGUGGAAUACCUGGUGAAAUGGCGGGGCUAUUCGAUGAGCGACUGUACUUACCAAGUCAUGGACGUUAUGAAUGAAGACGUACUUGAUCUAGUCCGCGACUUCCAUCGAAGGAACCCCAAGGCCGUGAAGGACCAACGCCUGAGACUAUAG